GGCGUGCAGGGCGCUCUGCUUCAAAAAAUUAUCCCUCUCCACUUCCCAUUUUGCCUCUUGGGCAGCAUGUAUGGUCUUUACACACCUGAGGAAGGAGGGAGUAUGGGGUGGGACAAAACACUCAUUUCCCCCAGUCUUAAAUUUAGUUAUCCAGAUUUUCACAUCUUAUUAAAAAAACAAAUAAACAUUGAAGGUAAAAUCUCCAGUUGCCCCAUCUAUCAUCGGAGGGGGAGCUGAGGGGAGAUGGUUUCCACACCUUGCCUUGGAGUGUCUAUAAGGAAGGGAAUUGUUCUGUCCUUCCAGGGAUCAGUGAGCUUUGACAGGUGUCCUUGCAUUUCGCUGACGACAACUGGGCCCUACGGAGAGCUCUGUACAAGGACGUCAUGGUGGAGGUUCGUGAGAUGGUGGCCUCUCAGGGGAUCAGUGAGCUUUGACAAGUGUCCUUGCAUUUUGCUGACGACAACUGGGCCCUACGGAGAGCUCUGUACAAGGACGUCAUGGUGGAGGUUCAUGAGAUGGUGGCCUCUCAGGGAGAUGUUUGGGGGGUCCUGGAUGAGGAGGAGCCAUCAGAAGUCUGGCCAGAAAGAGGUGAGGCGCAAGAGAAGGAAAGGAAGUUGGGGGUUCAAGAUGGAGCCAACAAACAAGAGAGGAGAGAAACAGUGAAGCCAAGGGAUGAACACAGUGUUUCCCAAGAAGAUGAAAAUCAACUUAACAGGGUGGAGAAAAAACAUGAAUGUACUGUGUGCAGAAAGAGCUUCUGUAGUCGCACAGCCCUUGCUAGACAUCAAAGCGUACACUCAGGUGAAAAACCUUAUGAAUGCAUGGUGUGUGGAAAGAGCUUCAGUGCCAGAAGCAUCCUUAUUAGACAUCAAAAAACUCACACAGGGGAAAAACCAUAUAAAUGCCUGGAGUGUGGAAAGAGCUUCAGAAACAGUAGCCACCUUAAUGAGCAUCAAAGAACUCAUACAGGGGAGAAGCCUUAUAAAUGCAUGGAGUGUGGAAAGACUUUCAGUCGGAGUUCCUCCCUUAAUGAGCAUCAAAGAACUCAUACAGGGGAGAAACCUUAUGAAUGCAUGGAGUGUGGAAAGACUUUCAGUCGGAGUUCCUCCCUUAAUGAGCAUCAAAGAACUCAUAUAGGGGAGAAACCUUAUGAAUACAUGGAGUGUGGAAAGAGCUUCAGAAACAGUAGCCACCUUAAUGAGCAUCAAAUAACUCAUACAGGGGAGAAGCCUUAUAAAUGCAUGGAGUGUGGAAAGACUUUCAGUCGGAGUUCCUCCCUUAAUGUGCAUCAAAGAACUCAUACAGGGGAGAAACCUUAUAAAUGCAUGGAGUGUGGAAAGACUUUCAGUCGGAGUUCCUCCCUUAAUGAGCAUCAAAUAACUCAUACAGGGGAGAAACCUUAUGAAUGCAUGGAGUGUGGAAAGAGCUUCAGUGCCAGAAGCAUCCUUAUUAGACAUCAAAUAACUCAUACAGGGGAAAAACCAUAUAAAUGCCUGGAGUGUGGAAAGAGCUUCAGUCAGACUGCCUCCCUUAAUGUGCAUCGACGAACUCAUACAGGGGAAAAACCAUAUAAAUGCCUGGAGUGUGGAAAUAGAUUCAGAUACAGUGGCCACCUUAAUGUGCAUCAAAGAACUCAUACAGGGGAGAAACCUUAUGAAUGCAUGGAGUGUGGAAAGAGCUUCAGUUGCAGCAAGUCUGUUAAAAGGCAUCAAAGAACUCAUACAGGGGAGAAACCUUAUGAAUGCAUGGAGUGUGGAAAGAGAUUCAGAAACAGUGUCAACCUUAAUCUGCAUCGACAAACUCAUACAGGGGAAAAACCAUAUAAAUGCCUGGAGUGUGGAAAGAGCUUCAGAUACAGUGGCCACCUUAAUGUGCAUCAGAGAACUCAUACAGGGGAGAAACCUUAUGAAUGCAUGAAGUGUGGAAAGAGCUUCAGAAGAAGUAGCUACCUUAAUGUGCAUCGAAGAACUCAUACAGGGGAGAAACCUUAUAAAGGCAUGGAGUGUGGAAAGAGCUUCAGAAACAGUGGCCACCUUAAUGUGCAUCAGAUAACUCAUACAGGGGAGAAGCCUUAUGAAUGCAUGGAGUGUGGAAAGAGCUUCAGAAGCAGAAGCCACCUUAAUGUGCAUCAAAGAACUCAUACCGGGGAGAAACCUUAUGAAUGCAUGGAGUGUGGAAAGAGCUUCAGAAAGAGUGACCACCUUAAUGUGCAUCAGAUAACUCAUACAGGGGAGAAACCUUAUGAAUGCAUGGAGUGUGGAAAGAGAUUCAGUUACAGUGGCUACCUUACUUUGCAUCAAAGAACUCAUACAGGGGAGAAACCUUAUAAAUGCUGGGAAUGUGGAAAGAGUUUCUUUGACAGUAGUACCCUUACUAAACAUCAAAGAACUCACACAGGGGAAAAACCAUAUAAAUGCAUGGAGUGUGGAAAGAGCUUCAAUCAGAGUGCCUCCCUUAAUGUGCAUCGACGACUUCAUACAGGUGAAAAACCUUAU